GUGCCUCGCUGGUCUCUAUCUGAGAGCACAGUAAUGAACUAGCUCUUACUUGUCUGCCAACGCUUCAUGUGCAGGCCUGGAAAGUGACUGAAGGAGGAGAGAGCUCGCUCGAGUGCGCAUGCGCCUUUGGGGCCUCUUUUGUUACAGCCCAGCAACAAGGAGCAAGUCAGACUGAGGUAGCGAGUGAGACAGGACGGUAGCUGCUGGCUGAGUAAGGAGAAUCCGGGCCCGAGAGUUCGGCCGAGUGUCCAAGGAAACCUAUGGAUGUGUCCGGCCUGGCAGGGAACAAAUAAAGCCAAAGAAAAGGGAUGCGGGUCUGAUGGGCCACGUAGCCAGGACUCCCGGAGAAGGGAUUGGCUCUGCACCCUGCCGGUGCCCUCACACAGCCGACUUUACACGAGUGUGGCAUCCUCGGGACGCUUAGUGAUUGAGGCCGGGAGCUCUUGUUUGGGCCGGUCAUUGGAGGAUCACACAGGGGUGCUUUCCCAUUCAGUAGCUGCUGGCCGCACCCCUGGUGGCUAUAGGGAACCUCCAUCCUACGGGGAGCUGAUUUCUCUAGCAAACUUCACUGCGGCAGGGACAGGGAUGCUGCCGGCUCGGGACUUACACUGAUCUCUGCCGGGGCCCGGGCUAGUUGUGCGCCACAUGGACCCCUGCCCUCGGCCACUUUGUAAAGGUCGCUUCGGGUUCAUUGGCGAAUUAGCGCUGUUCUUCCUAUAGCUGCCCUCCAGUCCUCUUUAUUACCAGCGCGAAUACUAUCCCAUGGGGGGGAAGCAGAGCUCAGCCUCCCGCUCUCGGGCUCCUUUCCCGGGGGUUUCUUCAGAUGACAGUGCCGUGCCCCCCUCAUCAAACUUUGGACAUUUUCGAGCCGGGGGCGCCAUGGGCCUGCGAAGUCGUUCUGUCAGCUCCGUCUCUGGCUUGGACCCCCCCGCCCCCGGCCUACCAUUUGGUUUAUACCGAGCUGGGCCUGACACCGAGAGAGGGGGCAGCUCAGGGAGCGAGGACUCACGGGGGGGCCUGUACCUGGGGUCCCGGGCUUCUCUGGCGGACACUCUACACAUAACACCGAGGUGGAUAGGGGCGCACAGCGGCUUUCGUUGCCCAAUUUGUUCCAAGUCUGUGGCCUCUGAUGAGAUGGAGAUGCACUUUAUAAUGUGUCUGAGCAAACCUCGAUUGUCCUAUAAUGAUGAUGUGCUCACCAGGGAUGCGGGUGAGUGUGUAAUCUGUCUGGAAGAACUUUCACAAGGGGAUACAAUAGCCAGACUACCCUGUCUGUGCAUCUACCACAAAAGCUGUAUAGAGUCCUGGUUUGAGGUGAACAGAUGUUGUCCUGAACAUCCUUCUGAUUGACCUGCAACAAUCCGGGCUAAAAUCCCUUAAGAGCACGGAGUGUCAGCCGCUUUAGGAUCACAGAGACUGGAUUCUGCGUCCUGCCAGGGUUGUUUGAACUGCUUUUCUCACACGCCCCCUUUUUCCCUGCACUCCUUCUGUUGCCCCGAAAUGGAGAAGUGGGAAGCAGCAAAUCUGAAAUGUAUCCCACAAUUCUCAUAAUAACGUGUUGGGAGAAAACAGAUGGGGGGAGGGGGUGGGACUUUAAUGCUGUAGACAGAAGUGAUGCGUUUUUAAGCAGCCCCAUCAACAUUGUUUGAGGGUGGUGUCGUGAGGUCAUAGGUGAAAUGGAUAUCUGCAGCUGUCAAAGAAUACCUAUAAAUACAGAGGGGAGGUAAAGGAAAACGUUGAAUCUCCUCAUGCCCCCGGACAUAGGAUUUGUUGCAGUCAGAUGCCAUGAUAAAUGUGUGUGUACUGUUUAUAUUCAUGGCACUUUGCACUGAACGUUACUAUUUGUUUAUGACUAGGAAGAGACUCUGCACAUUGAGGGCCCUGUAGAGCAGGGCUUUUCAAAAGGUAGGCUGCAAGUUAAUUGUGGUGUUACGUUUGAAGGAUGGCCAACAUCCCUGUUUUAUGAGGCUCAGCUCUUUAAAAAAAAAAUUGAAAUAUAUUCUUUUUGAACUGGCUUACACCACAGAAGAAGCUGGACAACACUGCAUGCUCCACAAUAGCGAGCCGAAGUGUCUCCUCCAGGGUUAUUUUCAGUGCUUCCCAAACAGAGGCGCCUGUUCAUGCUGAGGUGCUACCCUUCUAGUUAUUACAUUUAAUUAAGAUUUUGCACAUUUAAAAGACUGGGUAAACUGUGGACAAUGCAGAAUUGUGUGUGUUGCUGGGAAUGGUGGUAAAAUAGUAGAGGGCAUAACCCCACUAUCUUAGUCAAGAAUUUAUUUUAUGACCAAGGUAACCCAUCCAGACAUUUAACUGCUUGCAGUUCUCAAUUGAGCAACUGUGUUAGUGGAUGAGCCCUGCUUGUUGAGCUGUUCAACUUUUUUUUCAUAUGACUGUUAGUAAUGAUGCCAUGUUUCUUUUUUUUUUUUCCUUCUAAGCAUACAACAUUGUCCGGGUGCAUACCUAAAAUAACUGGUUGCCAAUAACUUGCCCAUGCACACUGUAGAUUAUCAGGAUGGCAGGCCCAUUUUUUCUUCAAGCUUAUUUGGUUGAAGGAAAACCUUAUGAAUCAGAACCAACGUGAAUAAACGGAGAGCAUUUCUCUUCAUGUUUGGAUAAUCUCUUAUAGCCCCUAGAUGUGCAAAACAUCAGUCUGCUUUCUUGUUUUCAGUAUUCUUCCCCCGUACACUGGAGGGUCUUAUGAUGUGGUCACAUGCUGACAUACAAUACACAACAGCAGCUUGAUGACAGCGCUUGAUAUAUUUAGGUCUAUCCUUUGCCAGACAGACCAUUGGUUGUUUAAGAGUAACCACAAACUUGACAAUUUUGAGCACUUAAUCAGAUCCGUUUCUUUAAACAGUCAUUUAUUACCCUAAUCUGUGCCAAAUAUUUUUUUUUUAAAAAAAAGAGUUGAGUGAAUUAAAAAUAUAAUGAACUUCCCAGAAAUGCCCUGCCUUGCAGUCUGCAUCAUUACUGUAAAACAUGUUUUAGGCCUAAACUUGUAUAUGGGCAUUACCCCUUACAAUGCCAGGAUGUGGGGUUACAUGACUGCUUUUUCUACAAUGUUUCCUCACAAACAUGAAUUAUACUGAUUUAAAAACCGAUGACCCCAAUAAUUUAGUCGCGCUUCCUGCAACAGGAUCCUGUGGUACCUUCAUCUUAACAUUUAAGGAUGUUCUGUUCAUUUUAAGUCUUUUUUUCUAUAUUGUAACUUCAUUAAUAUAUUUUAUAAACAUUGAGGCCUUGCCACUCAGGAGGCUAUGGAGUGUUGCAUCUGUGCAGUUCCACCUAGUGGUGACUUCAAGUUGCGCCAGUGAUUUCCUCCAGGAGUCUGUUCAGUGAGGAAUAGUUAGCUUUUCUUUGCAUCCAUAAAACCUUCUGAAGCUAGAGGGUAUCAUGCACUGCAUUUUCAAUCCUAAUUGCACCAUUUUGAUAGAGAAACCCCAGUAUUUGAUCUGGAUAGAUUGUGCAAUGGGGGAGUCAGAUUGGCCAAAUGUUUUUUUGUUUUUUUUUAUAAGUAGGGAGGGGAGUAAGAUACGAACUGUGUUGUAUAUCUGUUGUUAUUAAAUAAAGGAAUGAAUCUUUAGAGAUUCUGGACUGUGAAAACAAAUUAUUAAAGUUGAAAUGCAAAGUA